ACUGGUCUUCUUCUUCUUCAUAUAUAUACGUUAGUUAUUACCGGUUUUGUUUUUGUGUUUGUUUCUCCGUCAAUAUUUACAGUUUCAAGUGUUUGUUCAAUGGAGUUCAAAUUUCGUGCUAUCGACAACAUCAAUCCAUCAACCAUGCAGCCUUCUCUUCCCACCGUCACAUAUCUCCCUGAUCGAUCUCUUCCAAUGGACGGUGGUUUUUCUGGCUCCCGGGUACCGUUGGCCACCAAUGAGGCGGCAUUACGACGAGAGAUCGAGAAGGAACAAAUCCGGCGGGAUAUGUUGAGGCGGAUGGAGUUGGAGGAGGAAGUGAGGAGGGAGCUUGCAAUGGAGGGGGCGUUUGGAACCAUGCAGAGGCCUCUCAAUUCUCUAUGGUCAAAUUCUACACCGACCUGUGACAAGGACAAAGUUAUUCUAUUGGCUAAGCCAGACCUUGGUCUCGAUAGUGCAAAGCGAAAAGCAGUGACACAUGAUAUUGUUCUUGACGACGAGCCUUCUGCAAUUGGUUCGAACAAAAAGCUGAAGAAAGAGUGGAGUUGUGAACUGUGUCAGAUUAAAGCCUCAAGUGAGAAUGGCUUGAAUGAUCAUCUGAAUGGUAAGAAGCAUAAGGCUAGAGAAGCAAGACAGAAAAGUGAAAAAACUGUGAAAAAUGCUACUGAUGCAGUUGUUAAUACAACAAUAUCAAGGGUUGAUGAGAAUGGAGUUGAUGCAGAAUCAAAAACUGAGGAGCAGCAUGUGGAGACUAUGGCUGGUAAUGGUUUAAAUGUAACAGAAUCUAAAACUGAGGAGAAACUUAUUGACACAAUGAUUGAUAAAAGUGUCGUUGAAUCUAAAAAUGAGGAGCAACUUGUGGAGAUGAUGGCGGAGAAUGGUGUAAGUGUAACAGAAUCCAACAACGAGAAGCUCGAGGAAAUGAUGGUUGAUAAAAGAGUAACAGAAUCUAAAAAUGAGGAACAGCAUAUGGAGAAAAACGAAAAUGUAGAUUCUUUUGAGAGUAUAAAAGGUGCUGCGACUGAGGAAGUAGGAAGGAAAAGUGCAUUGACAGAAACAAUUAAGGUUGGAGGUUUAUGGUGUGAACUCUGUCAAAUUGGCACUACCUCAAAAGUUGUGAUGGAAGAGCAUAAAAAAGGGAAAAAACACAUUAAGAAAAUGAAGAUGUUCAAUCAAAAAAGUCUUUCAUCAGCAUCCUCUGUAUCGUAAUAUGCUCCUCGGUUGAUCAAAGAUACAUUCAUUCAGCUGUUGGAACUUAUGAAGGACUAUAUGAGCACAUGCAACUUCAUACAUUUGACGUUUACUUACAUUAUUGUGUUUAUGAACUUAUUUAUUAGGUUAUUUUUGAGGAAAUGAACUUAUUAGGUUA